AUGGCGGCCAGCCAGAUCAGAGCUCGGAGGCUUGCCUUUGGUGUGGCCUUCGGCGUGGGACUUAUUUUUUCAACGACGCUCAUCGCGAGGGCUGACAGCUCCGGUACUUCCACGCCGCCAGUGUGCACGGCAAACAGCAAUGUGAAGGUGACGGUGGAUGCGAAAUCGUUGCAGGCUAGCUUUGCGUGUGAUACGAAGUGGGGCAAGUUGUGGCCGAAUAAGACGGACGUGAUGGACAGCUACUUCAAGGACAGCACAUGCGACAAUACAGAGAAGCUCGUUCAGACUUUUGGCGCCGGCACAUCCCUGAAAGUCACCAACAAGCCCGCGGAUUCCUAUGCGGAGGCCAGUGCCAGGACCUCACCCGUGGUCUACACAUUGACCCACCGGCUACCACGACUGCCGCCCCCGGCAACUCAAGUUCCAGCUGGCGCGCCCUACCAGGAGUGCUGUCAGGAGUAA